GGACACCGCACACGUGACCAUUUCCAAACAAUUCAAAGAUGAGCUUUCUGCCUUGGCUACUCGCUGCCAGUCUGACUUUCAUCGCCACGACUAAUGCGGAGGAGUGCUCCACGUCUGAGCUUCUGACGAUAGCAAGCGACACGCACCUGGAAGGAUGCACAUCCGAUGUGGGUUUUGGCGGAUUCUCAGCCAUUUCGGCGCUAACUGAAGAGCAGAUCAAGGCCGUUUGCGAUAGUUCGGACUGCAUCAAGCUCAUGGACAGCAUGAGAUCGAUGGGUUUUGGCGACUGCAUCAUUCAAGGCACGAAUAUCUCACUGGGAAAAGACAUUCUGGACCCUUUCGAACGAGCGUGCAGUGGCAGUGGGUCUGUAGAUUUAUCCUCUAGUAGUGGCGGUGGAGAAGUCGCCGGCGGUUCUGCAAGUGCCUCAAGCUCCGCAGCUCGUAUUUCAAUGGUGCCUGUCAUUUGGAGUGCUUCGAUAUCACUGAUAUUCAUUUUGUUGUAGUUAAUGAUAAAUAGAUGAACUCGUAGCAUUUUGCUGUUAUGGGGUUUCAUAGAACAUACUAAAAAAAAC